AUGAACGACGCACCAUACAACUUACCUGAUGAUGUCCUGAUCUACAUUAUCGCGUUUCUUCCCGUUCCUGACAUCCUCCUCCUCCGACAAACAUGCAAACGGUUCAACGCGCUCACAAGAUUACACAUCAUCUGGACAAACGCAUUCAAACUCGAUAUCCUCUCCAAUGACUACCCCGCUCCCAUCGAUGACACAGAUCUUGAGCAACACACGCUUCACGCACUCUCCUCUGAUUGGACGAGCGAGACGAGUUUCACCGGGUCGCCUGUAUCCGAAGUCAAAUUCAUACCAGGCCGACAGUACAAGUGGUUGCUGACCGUAUCGAAAGGAAUCUGGUCGGUACUGACAAUAUGGGAUAUCGCGCGGGGGCACAAGUCCUCAGAGUGGUCGCCAAGAGGCGCACUGUUCACUGGGGUGAAGCUGAACACGGAUACAGAGUCCGAGACUAGUAUGGCUGUGGCGUUGGAUGGAUCACAGAGGAUCGUGCUCCUGCAUCUGGACGACGAUGGAAGGCUGCACGAAAUUCGCUCCUUCGACAUCGACUUCAGGCCUGUCACCCUGACUGGUGAUAUCGUAGCCCUCAGUGACAACUUCUCCAAGACAUUGAUCUACAACUGGAAGAAUAACGAACGGGCCUACCUGGAUGAAGGAGGUGACAUGCAGUACGACCACUGUAUCCAAAUCGUCUUCACCUCUCCAACCAUUCUCGUCAUCCGCGCACGCUCCAUCAACCUGUACUUUACCAUGCCCUUCCUACACGGGCAAACACACUCUCCCAUUGCCUCCCACUCCUUCGGCUGGGUCGAUGGCGCCAGUGCAACACCAACCUCCAUCCUCAUCCGUUCCGAGAGCGAUAACCCCUGGACAUCAGAGCUUAACUCGUUCGAACUCUAUUCCCUUUCUUCCUUCCCGCUAACCCUCACCAGCAAAAUAUCCUCCUGGCACGGUGCUCUUCGAUGCACAGACGUCAUCCUCGGGAAACGUGGAACCGCAGUAUGGAUACGCCCCCAUGAUCGUGCGAUGGUCUCCCAUUGGGAAGAACACGAUGGCUGUGAGACGCUCAUGGCGGCCAUAUUCCCAAGCCCGCUUAACCCCACUGCUCAACCCUGUGUUCGCGAGGUGUGCUCGAACCCGUUGAAUAACUGGACGGCGUUGGAUUACGACAAAGAACUCGGGAGAAUCGCCCUCGGGUCGGGGUUUGGGAAGAUUACGAUUGUUCAGUUGUAG